AUGCUGCGACGACCUCCGGGCGAGGGGCGUCGGGCCCUACAGCAACAGAGACUCUUCAUCGCCUUUGCUAUCAUCCUUCUUCCUUGGCUACAGCUUGUUGAUGCUCAGCAGCAGCAUCGACCAGUUGAACCAGGUCUACCACAACUGCAGCGCCCCGGCGGCCGCAGUCAGCAGCUAGCCGAUGAUGCCGUGCAUCAAUGGGCCGCGACGCCCGUUGACGUGACUAAGUCGGCCCGCGAGACCGUCAAGAAUGUGAGGCGGGCUUCCGUUGCCAACGAGCGACAGCGACAACAGAAGAACGAGCCUGCCCGUAAGAACCGGAAGAGAGAAUACGAACCCGAAAAGGAACAUAUAAUUAUCCCUGACGAUGCGAGCGCCCUCGCAACUUUGGCUCCGGCUCAGUCCGUAGGAGCACCAAACCCUUCACGACGGUCCAGCAGCAUUCCUGCUUCUGGGCUUGCCUCGCCGCAGAUUGCGCGGAGUCUGAAGGAUUGGGAAGUGGAAGACUUUGUGCUUCUGGCGACCGUCGAUGGAGACCUAUACGCCAACGACCGAAGAACCGGAAAAGAGCGUUGGCAUCUCGAAGUCGACCAUCCUAUGGUAGAGACUAAACAUUACCGUUCAGAGAGGUCCAUUCUGGAUGAAAAUUAUCGCCAAGUCGACCAUUAUGUGUGGGCUGUUGAGCCUAACCGUGACGGUGGAAUAUACCUCUGGGCCCCCGAUUCCAAUCGUGGAUUUGUCAAAACUGGCUUCACCAUGAAGAAGCUUGUCGAGGAACUGGCCCCUUACGCCGACGAGAGCUCCCCCGUCGUCUAUACUGGCGAUAAGAAGACUACCAUGAUUACUCUUGAUGCAGCCACAGGGAGAGUUCUCAAGUGGUUCGGUGCUACAGGGUCUCAUGUUAACGAAGCCGAAAGCUGCGCACGCCCCGACACGUUGUAUGACGAAAACAACCAGGAGUGUAGCUCUACAGGAACAAUCACAUUGGGCAGGACCGAAUAUACUGUUGAUAUCCAGCGACGUGAUGAUGGUCUUCCUAUCGCUACCCUCAGGUACUCUGAGUGGAGCCCUAAUAACUACGACAGUGACCUAUUUCAACAGCACCAGUCUUCAUUGGAUAAGAAGUACAUCACAAGCCAGCACGACGGCAAGGUCUACGCGUUUGACUACGCAAGAUCUGAAAAGGCAGAGCCGCUUUUCAGCGAACACUUCGCUGCACCUGUAGCCCGAGUCUUUGAUGUAUGCCGACCAGGAGAUGCUACAUCAGACAGCAACCCCGAUCUUGUGGUCCUCCCUCAACCGCCAAUGCCCCCACAAGACGAGACCCACGCCCGCAUGCGCAGCAACAGCAUCUUUCUCAACCAGACUCGGACUGGGGACUGGUAUGUCAUGUCUGGACGAUCAUACCCUCUUAUUAUACAUGCCCCUAUCGCUCAACUAUCCCGUCCCGAUUGGUGGGACAUUGCUCCCUCUUGGGACACCAUCAACCAGACCAAACUCUCGAAGGUCUUGGUAGGCACACAUUUCCUCGAUACUGUCAACAACCGAGGUGGCACACAUACGCCAAGUUUGCCUGCCGGUGCAAUCGAAGGACCAGAAGUGUAUGACGUAUACGAUAGCCACGACGAUUUUGAGAAUAAUGACUCGAAAACCACGGACCUGACAUUUUCGGAUGAGCCUACCUUGUUUACCAACGUCAAAAAGGUGCCUCUAAUUGCCGCCCAAAGCGUCAAGGAUUUCAUCACCAACCCCGUGGUCAUCAUCAUAUUCGUUUCAUUGCUCUAUUUCAACAACAAGAAUAUCCGUCGUCACCUUCAGCGAGGGAAGAGGAGGGGUUUUUGGAACGAAUUGCAGAACAUACUGGGUUUUGUUGAGGCCCCUGUCUACACGGCGCAACCGGAUGAAGUUGAUAGCAGCGACACUGACGGCAACGUCGACUACUUGGCCGACCCAGCCAAUGAAGAACCCAAGCCCGCAGCACCUAGGGAAAGUUUGGAGGAGAAGGUCAAAGAAUCCGUGGUCCCCACCCCUGAAUCAUCCAAAUUGGAGCCCGAAACUUUGCCCCAUACGCCUAUCAAAGAGAUAGAGCUCAGCGAUAGGGAAGCGACCCCCAAGCCCAAGAGGAAGACCGGCAAGAGGUCAGUAGAUGCUCCCGAUACUCCUCAACCUCAACCUCAAUCCAAGGCUACGGCCACAAAUGAAAGUCAGGAUGGUGGAGCCCCUGAAAAGAAGAAGAAGGCUCACAGAGGUAGACGUGGGGGUGUCAAACAUCGCAAGGGUCGUGCUCAGGAAACAUCCCUAUCUCGAGGCGAUGACCCGGCUACGGCCACUGUCGAGGAUGCGGUCAACAACGCAAAGAAGUUGGGCGAGAGGCCCAGCCUCGAGCCGGACGUAAUGACCGUGCAUGACGACAUGCAGUCUGUGACAGGCUCGACGAUUCGUAUGGGAAACAUCGAGGUGAACACAGAUGAGCAAUUGGGCACAGGAAGCAAUGGCACUCUAGUCUUUGCUGGCAAAUUUGAUGGAAGAGCGGUUGCCGUCAAACGCAUGUUGAUCCAGUUUUAUGAUAUCGCGUCCCAAGAGACAAGGCUAUUGAGAGAGAGUGAUGAUCACCCGAAUGUUAUUCGAUAUUACUCCCAGCAGAUCCGCGAUGGAUUUCUCUACAUUGCCUUGGAGCGUUGCGCCGCUUCAUUAGCAGACGUGGUCGAAAAGCCCAACUAUUUCCGGGAUCUUGCCAACGCCGGCCGUCACGAUUUGCCAAACAUCCUUUACCAGAUCACCAACGGCAUCAGCCACCUACAUGAACUCCGAAUCGUCCAUCGUGACCUCAAGCCGCAGAACAUUUUGGUCAAUAUGGGCAAGGAUGGCAAGCCUAGAAUGCUAGUCUCUGAUUUCGGACUUUGCAAGAAGCUGGAGGGCGGCCAAUCAUCCUUCGGUGCUACUACGGGUCGUGCCGCUGGAACAUCAGGCUGGCGUGCUCCUGAGCUUCUGCUCGACGACGAUGCUCGAGAAGGUGCCAUGAUGGAGGCCAGCACCCAAAGCGGCUCCGGCUCGGUUCUGGUUGACGAUAACAUGAUGCCCCGGCGUGCUACUCGUGCGAUUGACAUUUUCUCGCUUGGACUAGUAUUCUUCUACGUUUUGACCAACGGAUCACAUCCAUUUGAUUGCGGCGAUCGCUAUAUGCGAGAGGUCAAUAUCCGAAAAGGGCAGUAUAACCUGGACCUCCUCGACUCUCUCGGAGACUUUGCCUACGAGGCUAAGGACCUUAUCGCCUCUAUGCUUGAAGCAGACCCCAAGAACCGUCCUAAUGCCAAGGAAAUCAUGGCCCAUCCCUUCUUCUGGUCCCCGAAGAAGAGGCUCGCAUUCCUUUGCGACGUGUCAGACCACUUUGAAAAGGAGCCGAGGGACCCCCCUUCGCCCGCCCUGGUCGAGCUUGAAAGGCACGCAGGGGAGGUCACUCAUGACUUCUUGAAGGCCUUACCACGUGAUUUCGUUGACUCUCUCGGGAAACAACGCAAAUACACGGGUAACCGGCUUCUUGAUCUGCUUCGGGCCCUACGGAAUAAGAAAAACCAUUAUGAAGAUAUGCCUGAGGCACUCAAAAAGACCGUGGGGUCCCUGCCUGAAGGUUAUCUUGCCUUUUGGACCGUCAGAUUCCCAAUGUUAUUACUCAUUUGUUGGAACGUGGUCUGGAGCGUACGGUGGGACGGGUCGGACAGGUUUCGCGAAUAUUAUGAACCCGCAGCCCUUUAG